UCCCUGUGCUAAGAUGGUGGGACAAGUGAUAUGGUGCUUAGCCCAUACUAUCUGGAUAGGCAAUUCUGUAGCAGUCGCUGCUUCCAUUGGGCUGAUUGGCCACCACUUGUUUGGCGCAUGGAAUGGUGAUAGGAGGCUCAGCGCUCGUUACGGCGCCGCAUUUGAUGCGGUGAGGAGCAGAACAAGCGUAGUUCCUUUUGCUGCUAUUCUGGACGGGAGGCAGAGAUUGCCGAAAGACUACUAUAAGGAAUUCCUCAGACUGCCUUAUGUAGCAGUGACGAUUCUGACGCUUGGAGCUUAUUAUGCUCAUCCGCUCAUACAGUCGUCCAGCUUCGGUCUUCACUGGUAAACAUUUUCUGUGAAUUUAGAACUUGUCUUGUUUUCAGUU